AUGUCCUGCUCCAGCCUGUGUGCUCCCUGCGGGGUGGCCGCCCCGGCCCCGCUGGCCGACACCUGCAACGAGCCCUGCGUGCGGCAGUGCCCUGACUCCACGGUGCUGAUCCAGCCCCCGGCCACGGUGGUCACCUUCCCCGGGCCCAUCAUGAGCAACUUCCCCCAGUACAGCGCCGUGGGCUCGGCAGGAGCCCCUGUUACGGGUGGCUUUGGAGGCCGUGGGGGCUAUGGGGGCCGUGGGGGCUAUGGGGGCCAUGGGGGCUGGGGAGGCUACGGAGGCUACGGAGGCUACGGAGGCUGUGGGGGCUAUGGAGGCUCUGGAGCCUAUGGCUGCUAUGGCAGCUAUGGGGGCUCUGGCUAUGGUGGCUGGGGCCGAGGCAGCUGUGGGAUCUGCUAA